UUAGUUUUAGGUAGACGAGCGCAGGCGGCUUGCCAGGGAGGAAGAGGCGUUCGAAAGUAAGUCGUCGCGCCUAACAAGAGACGAAACAUGAACGCCGCACUGGUAGCCGGAUUGGUCAUCACAUCAUUAUUGGCAGGCUGCGAAGCGCAAGCAGCAAUCAAAGGUCAGAACGUGAUGUACCCUCCUGGGCCGGGCACCAAGGGCGGAGGCUACUUCCCCGACGGCGGCGGCUACAUGCCCGGCGCCAAGGGAGGCAUGAAGGGCGGAGGAUACAAGGGAUACCCACCACCGCAGCAGCCGCAGUUUCCCAUGAUGCCGCAGCAACCGCAGUUCCCGCAGUUCCCGCCAAUGGGACCACCCCAGCGACCGAUGAAUCCAGGCCAGCAGCCCUACUUCGGUUGAAUCCCGCGAGUUGACGCUCGCACGGCCACGGCGGCGAGGGUUUGAGUGCUUAAGUUACGUUAAAAACAAAAAAUAUAUAAAAAAUAUGUAGAGCGAGAGAGCGCUUUGCUGGUUGCUUCGUUUCUAUGGCGCGCGUCUACAUACCUUGAAGAAAUAAAAGAACGUCGUCUGCUGUGUCACUGUUCCCCGGUGGUUGUACAAUGUCUGUAUUCGUGUCAUCAUCAGCCUGAUUA